AUGGGCAAGAUUGCAAAGAUUGAAUAUUUUCGUGUCCCACCACGUUGGCUAUUCGUUAAGAUCACGGAUGCAGAUGGGAAUUUUGGUUGGGGUGAAGCAUCACUGGAAGGCCACACGCAAGCAGUCGAAGGGUGCUUGGACGCUUGGGCUGAGCGAUAUGUUGGCUUUGAAGCAGAUGAGAUUGAACACAUAUGGCAGAUGUGCUGGCGAACUAGUUUCUACCGUGGCGGACCAGUUUUCAUGAGCGCACUAGCUGGCAUUGACAUCGCACUGUGGGAUCUGAAAGCGAGAAAGCUCAACGUGCCAAUUUAUCAGAUAUUGGGCGGGAAGGUGCGUGACAGACUCAAGGUAUAUGCCUGGAUUGGCGGAGAUAGACCAAACGAUGUCAAGGAGCAAGCUCUAUCACGCAAAGCUCAAGGAUUCCGCGCUGUAAAGAUGAACGCAACGGAAGAUAUAGGCUGGCUCGACUCGCCUUCAACCCUACAAUCGGCUGUCGAUCGUCUCAAAACAGUUAAAGAGCUAGGCAUGGACGCCGGCAUGGACUUUCACGGCCGCAUCCACAAACCCAUGGCCAAGCAACUCGCCCGCGCCCUGGAACCACACCACCCACUUUUCAUCGAAGAACCUCUACUCUCUGAACACAUCGGCGGCAUCAAGUCUUUGCACGAGCUAACCUCCAUUCCCAUCGCAUUGGGAGAACGUCUCCACUCACGCUGGGAUGUACGGCCCUUCUUAGAAGCCGGCUGCGUUGACAUCCUGCAACCUGACAUCUCACACAUCGGCGGUAUUUCGGAAAUGCGACGUAUAGCAUCCGCAGCCGAGACUUACGACGUCGCCAUCGCACCACACUGCCCGCUGGGUCCUAUUGCACUUGCUGCAUGUGUUCAAGUAGAUUGCACGCUGCCUAAUUUCGCGAUUCAAGAAAUGAGUUUGGGGAUUCAUUACAAUGCUGGGAGUCAGGACCUCACAUCUUACACAAAGAAUCCGGAGGUCUGGGAUGUGAAGGAUGGGUAUAUUGAGCUGAUGAAGGGACCAGGCCUGGGAAUUGAGGUUGAUGAGGAGAUGAUUAGACGGGAGAGUAAGGACGCGAAGGCUUGGAUCAGUCCAGGGUUCAUUGGGCCGGGAGGCGAGAUCAGAGAGUGGUAG